GUGGAAAAGGACCAUAAAACAAACCCCCGCUGAAAAGGUAACUUUCAUGAACUCCCAAGUGUCAAACUGUCAACUAUCCCUUCCCCAAUAUUUCAACUUCCCUUCCAGUAGACGGAUUCCGAAUCUCCCCCGCCGAUUUCACUUUUUUAUGUCGAGCAGCAGUUUCCGGCGCAGAAUUCCGCCCACUUCUGGUCUCUCCAACAACAUCAGACGCCAGAAUCUCUCUCCGUCCCCGCGCCGGGCAACUCCCCCCAGAAAUCGCCGUCCUUCCAAGCCCUCCAAAUUCACCAGAUGCUCGUCCGAGCCGAACCUUUGGACCGCCGACGCCAACGCCAACGCCGAUGACGCCAACGCCGACGCCGGCGAUGGAGAUGAGCGGUCGGAGAGGGAAGGGGAAGCGAUUCUUUUCCGUCCGCAUACGUUUUCGGAAGCCUUUGCGUCAUCACCUCUGUUGAUACCUUCCCCCCGUCGAGGCUUCGAGGGCUACAAGAAGGAUGCGAAAGUAGUGAUCAAUGUGACUGUUGAAGGGAGCCCAGGGCCAGUUCGAACCAUGGUUAAAUUGGGAUCUAGCGUGGAGGAGACGAUAAAGCUUGUUGUCGCCAAAUAUGGCGAAGAAGGAAGAACUCCAAAACUUGAGCGGGAUUCAGCAUCGGCGUUUGAAUUGCAUCACUCGUAUUUUAGCCUCCAAAGUCUUGACAGGGCAGAGAUAAUUGGGGAAAUUGGUAGCAGAAGCUUCUAUCUUCGGAAGAGCAAUAAUAGCUCUGGAGAAGCUGGUGAUUGCAGUCAAGAAAUUGGCAAGGAAACCAGAGAUGUUGCUGUUGCUCCACCAAUUCCUCCUGGGUUCUUGCUUACCGGAUUCAUUGCCAGGAAAAUGGCCAAAAUUGUAAGAAGAACGCGUAAAAUCUGGAACUUCAUAGUCUGCUUGAAAUGAGCCUGAGCCUAACCAGUUCUGCAACUGUAACAGUGACACACCAUUUUAUAUGCGUUGCUCUCUUUAACCUUAUUCUCCAAUUUUUCUUUUCUACUAAACCAUUCCACCCAAAUAAAACUGUACAUUUUUUUUUUCUUUCGAGACUAUUACAUUUAUAGGAGAGUGGAAGUGGAACUGUGGGAAGGGGAUUCAACUCCUGAGAGGAAGCAUUGGACCAGUAUACAUUUGUCGUGGGAUGAUAUAUACCUACUUAUCAGUUAACACCUAAAUCUUAACGUUGUUGAUGAAUUGAGACGGUUGCAAGACUGUAAUGGUAAA